GUACGAUCAACGUAAAUCGAUGAAUACCGAUCCAGAUAAUAUAUAAUAGGAUUUGGGAGUAUACUGAGCCGCAAGGAACAAGGGGGAUGCCACAUGGUUUUCGAAUAGAAUACAGCCCCCUAGAAAUAUCGGGGAUAUUAGAGAAAGCGGGUCAUUGUCAUAGUUCUAUCUCAUACAUUACCUAUUUACCCAUACAUGUGUAGUUAGAAUUGUCUAGGUGAACUUCCAUUGUUAUACCUUUUAUUUACCUAUCCUAUUUUCCAAGAUGGAGUCAAUGGGUUACCCAAAAGAAACAAACACAUUCGAUCCAACGCCCCUUUUGUCGGCCCGCGUGCAGCGAUACGCGCCAGGAGCUAUUAGAAGACUUCUUCCUCUCGAAAACCUCCCGGGGAUGAUCUCCCUGGUUGCUGGCAAACCUAAUCCAGAGGUAUUCCCCUUCGACAAGAUCACAUUAUCGCUCAAGGGAGCAAACGAAGAGAUUGUCUUGACACGAGAAAAUGGUCUCAUAGAUGGCCUACAAUAUGGUUUGCCAGGGGGUAAUCCGGGCUUAGUCAAGUGGUUCGAGGAAUUUCAAAGUGAACUCCAUGGCAUCAAUAGGAGCCAAGGGUGGACUUGUUGUAUCGGAAACGGCAGUCAGGAACUUCUGCAUAGGGUAUUUCAAGUUCUCACGGAUCCGUGCGACUCAGUCCUUAUUGAAACACCAGCAUAUCCGGGCGUUGUAGGCUUUCUCCAAGCAGAAGACUACAAGUUGGUUGAUGCCAAAACAGACAGGCAUGGUAUAGACCCGUCAGAACUAGAGAAGACACUAUCCCGGUGGCCUGAAAGCCAACCCCGUCCUAAACUCUUAUAUACUAUCCCUACUGGGUCGAAUCCAACCGGCCGAUCGUGUCCAGAAUGGCGUAAGAUUGGAAUCUUACGUUUAGCCAAGCGAUUCAACUUCAUGAUUUUAGAGGACGACGCAUACUAUUUCCUCAACUACGAGGAAAAGUCAAAUGGAAAGUCACGAAGCUACCUUGCCCUCGAGCAAGAGGUCAAUGGAGAAACUGGCCGAGUUAUACGGUUUGAUUCGUUGAGUAAAAUCGUGAGUGCCGGGAUGCGGCUUGGUGUCCUAACCGGUCCUCUACCAAUUGUCAAAAAUGUCAUCAAGCUCACCGAAAACAUAAACCUUCAACCCUCAUCUACCACUCAAAUCCUAGCUCUAUCCCUCUUCCAACACUGGGGCCGCACAGGAUUCCUAGAGCACUGCGCUAGGGCUAGCGAAUUUUACAGGCGAAAGCGAGAUGUAUUUGCAGCGGCCGCAGAGGUGCACCUGAAAUACCGCGCAACAUGGGAUGUGCCGAGUGCGGGAUUAUUCUUCUGGUUUACGCUACGACUUCCACCUGGGGAGGACACCUUCGAGCUAUUGAGCAAGAAAGGAAUGGAAAGUGGCUUGCUUGCCAUCCCGGGUGUUGCCUUCAUGCCCGACAACCGCAAGACUUAUCAACUAAGGGCCAGCUUUAGUCUCAUAGCCGAGGAGCAGGCUUAUGAAGCUUGCAGGCGGAUGGCUCAACUAGUGGAUGAUGCUUGGGGAGAUUGGGUGCGAGAGUUUGUGCCCGGACGUAUAGAAAAGAAUGGGUUGUCUAACCCAACGACGACAGUAUCCGCGUAAGGGCAAGAUCACUGGCACUGGCUUCUCAUACCUAUCACAACUACUACGCCAAGCUUUGAAAACAAGAAACAACUCCUAGACAUUCAUUACUGAGAAUAGACUCGAAUAGACUAAAAUAUAUCUUCAUAUUUGGCAUAGUAUAAA